AUGGCGGCAGUGAUGCGGCGACACGAAUACGUUAUGCCUGAACAUCCGAGCCUGCAAGACGUGGUCGUGGCCAUCAAGAUGGAGCGUGAGGCCCGGGAGGCUGCGAUGGCCGACCAACAGAAGCAUUUGGACUGGCGCUUCGUGCACUUCGCGGAGGAGUUUAACCUUCGCUUGGAGCAGAUGGAGCAAAAGAUGGAUGAAAGUCUCGAGGACCAAUUUCUUGAGCGGACUUCGAACAACGAGGCCUUCGACAGCCGGCGGCGGCACCUGCAAGAGGGGAAGAUGGCUCUGCUGGAAGCGCGCGUGGCGGAG